CUGAUUCUAUGACACGUGACCAGCCUCCGCCGCUGCCAGCGGCCAUGUUGUCGGCUGCGCGCCGCUGAGGCGACCCCGAAACAAUACAUAUAAAUACAUCACUAUUUCUCCAUUUCUCAGCGCCAUGGAUUCCUGGGUGCGCUUCACGGCGCAGAGCCAGGGCAGGGAGCGUAUCUUCAGAGCUGCUCAGUAUGCCUCUGCUUUAAUUGCUUACUCGCUGCAAAGAAGUGGAGCGAGCCCGGAGCUGGUCAUCCACAUCAAACAACUGGAGGCGCAUUUGAGUUUGGGACGCAAGUUGUUCCGGUUGGGGAACUCGGCCGAAGCCUUGGAAGCUGCCAAGCGGGCCAUCCACCUGUCGGACCUGGUGCUGCGGUUCUGCAUCACGGUCAGCCACCUGAACCGGGCCAUGUACCUGGGCUGCGACAACCUGCUGUGGGCCGGCAAGGUGGGGCUGGCCACCAAGCUGGACCAGGACAAGUGGAGUCAGCGCUCGUUCAGGUACUACCUGUUUGCACUCAUCAUGAACCUGAGCCGCGACGCCUACGAGAUCGCGGCGCUGGUGCAGCGGGAGGCGCGGACCCGGAGCAAGGUGGGCGCCGAGCAGGACGGCAGCGGCGGGACGCCCUCCGGAGCCGGCGCCGCCGCCGCCCUGCUGGCCGGCAGCCUGCGGGCGCGGCUGGGGCUGCUCUGCCACGUGCUGAAGGCCAACCCGCCGCUGCUCCUGGACGUGCUGAAGAACUGCUGCGACCUGUUCAUCCCCCUGGACCGGCUGGGCCUGCUCAAGACCAGCCCCGGCAUGGUGGCCUUCUGCGGGCUCUCAUCGUCCGUCCUCUCGAUCCUCACCAUUUCCCAGCCCUGGCUGAAACUGAAGCCGUGACGGAGUCGUGGGGAGCCGGGCCCCCCCCACCUCCACCUGACUGAGGGGACAGUAAAAGGCUCCAUUUUCUUUCUGUUGCUAAUAAAAACUGAUUCGCCCCUGCUAUGCCGGCCAGCAGAGGCAGGAUGGGAGAGGUGCGUGCGGCUGCCAGAAAGCAAAGUCUUGUGUAUUUAGCCAACGGCCAACACGAUCCGCUGGCUCAAGAGAGCGGGCAGGCAGAAUCUGCUGACUCAGCAAAGUGACCAGCUGCCUCGACCCAAAGGCAGAGCGACCGACAGGAUCCGCUGACUCAGCAGGAAAUGCCUGGCGAAUUCUGCUGACUCGGCGAUAAACACGACCCGCCGUAUCCGACUGAUUGAUUGAACAAAGCAGAAGCUCUGGGCCUGGGCACGACGGAGCCCGUGACUCCUGUGCCUCGUCGCUGAUCAGGAACACGCGAUGCCCCUGCCCCCACAACCCCUCCCCCUCCCCCCACCCAAAAAAAAAGCUCACCGGGUCGUAGCCCUCAGGUUGGCGAGGCCCAGAGAGUAGCUUUGUCACAUGGCAGCUUGAACAUGUUGCAUGAGGGGCUCAGCCAGCCAUCUGUACUCCAGCCUGUUGUCCCUCCCUGCCUUACUACCCCAGUGACCUGCGGCUGUUUUGACCUCCACAAACGUUGCACGUUCCCUCCCCUUUACCCCUCCACCUGCUACAUUCCUGCACCCAAGGCACGGGCAUCGAUGAACGCUCGCCAGGAAAGGUGGUGCCUCUUGGACCUUAGCGAUCGCUCUCUCUGUCAGAACGCGGGUUCCAUCUGUGCGUGAGCCUCCUCACAAUCCAACGCUCGUUUCGGUUUCUGUUUCCUGGGGCAAGGUUUUAAAAGAAAGCUGAAUAAAAGGAAUGUUGCAGCA